GAAAUAGAAGAAGAAAUGGCUGCAGCAGUAGCACAAGGAGUCAGUCUGAACCACAUUUCCCGAGAAUCCUCGGACAUCAGGCGCCUCGCAGAGUUCUACAAAGAGAUAUUUGGGUUCGAGGAGAUAGAGAGCCCAAACUUUGGGGAAUUCAAGGUGAUAUGGCUGAACUUACCCUCCACUUUUUCUAUGCACCUAAUCGAGAGGAACCCAACUUACCAGCUUCCUGAAGGACCCUGGAGCGCCACGUCACCUGUUGCCGACCCCAGCCACCUUCCCAGAGGCCACCAUAUCUGCUUCUCUGUCUCCAAUUUCGACUCUUUUGUGCAAACACUCAAGGAAAAGGGAAUUCAAACUUUUCAGAGGUCACUACCUAAUGGCAAGGUUAGGCAGGUCUUUUUCUUUGAUCCAGAUGGCAACGGUUUGGAGGUUGCAGGACAGUAAGCUCCAUGGCAGCUCAGAGGGUUGCUUGAAAUGGUAAAGGAGAUUGAUAAGUCGGUACACCCUUCCGUCGACAAUAAGUUGCAAUCCUUGCUCUAUGAAGUUGUAGUGAUUCAUAUGUCAUUGUAACUAUGAUGUAUAUGUAUGCUUUUCUAAUCAGUUGAUAGUCGUCAACUCAACAUAGACAUAAAUUAUAGAAGAGAUAACUGUAUUUCACUAGUGUGUUGUAUUAAAACUUAAUUGGUCGAAUGCAUUCUUAUGCCAUCUGCUUGCUUGAUUAACUUAACUUUGAGCAUUACAUGAUUAAUCAA